GAGAGAGCGAGAGAGCGAGAGAGCGGGGCUCCUGGUUGGAACCCGCUUCCCAUGCGGAUCUGCGCUGGCGGCGGCCUCGGAGAUGCCCGCUCUGCGUCCCGCCGCGCUGCGGGCGCUGCUGUGGCUCUGGCUGUGCGGCGCGGCCCCCGCGCACGCUUUGCAGUGUCGAGGCAGUCAAGAGCCCUGUGUAAAUGAAGGGACCUGCAUUACUUACCACAACGGCACAGGCUACUGCAAAUGUCCAGAGGGCUUCUUGGGAGAAUAUUGUCAACAUCGAGACCCCUGUGAGAAAAACCGCUGUCAGAAUGGGGGUACUUGUGUGACGCAGGCCAUGUUGGGGAAAGCCACCUGCCGAUGUGCUCCAGGGUUCACAGGGGAGGACUGCCAGUACUCAACCUCUCACCCCUGCUUUGUGUCCCGCCUCUGUCAGAAUGGGGGUACCUGCCACAUGCUCAGCCGGGACACCUACGAGUGCACCUGCCAAGUCGGCUUUACAGGGAAGCUAUGCCAGUGGACAGAUGCCUGCUUGUCUCAUCCCUGUGCAAAUGGAAGUACCUGCACGUCUGUGGCCAGCCAGUUCUCCUGCAGAUGUCCUGCAGGCUUCACAGGGCAGAAGUGUGACGCUGAUAUCAAUGAGUGUGACAUGCCAGGACGCUGCCAACAUGGUGGCACCUGCCUCAACCUUCCUGGUUCCUACCGAUGCCAGUGCCCCCAGGCCUUCACAGGUCAGCACUGUGACAGCCCUUAUGUGCCCUGCGCACCCUCACCUUGUGUCAAUGGAGGCACCUGCCGUCAGACUGGCGACUUCACUUUCGAAUGCAACUGCCUUCCAGGUUUUGAAGGGAGCACCUGCGAGAGGAAUAUUGACGACUGCCCUAACCACAAGUGUCAGAAUGGAGGGGUGUGUGUGGACGGAGUCAAUACUUACAACUGUCGCUGCCCCCCUCAGUGGACAGGGCAGUUCUGCACAGAAGAUGUGGACGAGUGCCUGUUGCAGCCCAAUGCCUGUCAGAACGGAGGCACCUGCACCAACCGCAAUGGAGGCUAUGGCUGUGUGUGCGUCAACGGCUGGAGCGGGGACGACUGCAGCGAGAACAUCGAUGACUGCGCCUUCGCCUCCUGCACCCCAGGCUCCACCUGCAUCGACCGUGUGGCCUCCUUUUCCUGCUUGUGUCCUGAGGGAAAGGCAGGUCUCCUGUGCCAUCUGGAUGAUGCCUGCAUCAGCAACCCUUGUCACAAGGGGGCGCUGUGUGAUACCAACCCCCUGAAUGGCCAGUACAUUUGCACCUGCCCACAGGGCUACAAGGGGGCCGACUGCACAGAGGACGUAGAUGAGUGUGCCAUGGCCAACAGUAACCCUUGUGAGCAUGCAGGAAAGUGUGUGAACACAGAAGGCGCCUUCCACUGUGAGUGUCUGAAGGGCUACGCGGGGCCUCGCUGUGAGAUGGACAUCAAUGAGUGUCAUUCAGACCCCUGCCAGAAUGAUGCCACCUGCCUGGAUAAGAUCGGAGGCUUCACCUGUCUGUGCAUGCCAGGUUUCAAAGGUGUGCACUGCGAACUGGAGGUGAACGAGUGCCAGAGCAACCCGUGUGUAAACAAUGGGCAAUGUGUGGACAAAGUCAACCGCUUCCAGUGCCUGUGUCCCCCUGGUUUCACGGGGCCUGUGUGCCAGAUUGACAUCGAUGACUGCUCCAGCACUCCCUGUCUGAAUGGAGCCAAGUGCAUCGACCACCCGAACGGCUACGAGUGCCAGUGUGCCACAGGUUUCACUGGCGUGUUGUGUGGGGAGAACAUCGACAACUGUGACCCAGACCCGUGCCACCAUGGCCACUGCCAGGAUGGGAUCGAUUCCUACACCUGCGUCUGCAGCCCUGGGUACAUGGGGGCCAUCUGCAGUGACCAGAUUGAUGAAUGCUACAGCAGCCCUUGCUUGAACGACGGGCGCUGCAUUGACCUGGUAAAUAGCUACCAGUGCAACUGCCAGCCGGGAACAUCAGGCCUUAAUUGUGAAAUUAAUUUUGAUGACUGUGCCAGCAACCCUUGUGUGCACGGAGCCUGUGUGGAUGGCAUCAAUCGUUACAGUUGUGUCUGCUCCCCAGGAUUCACAGGGCAGAGAUGCAACACUGACAUUGAUGAGUGUGCCUCCAAUCCCUGUCGCAAGGGCGCAACCUGCAUAGAUGAUGUGAAUGGCUUCCGUUGUCUCUGCCCCGAGGGACCACAUCAUCCCAGCUGCUACUCCCAGGUGAACGAGUGCUUGAGCAGUCCUUGCAUCCAUGGAAACUGCACUGGAGGCCUCAGUGGCUAUAAGUGCCUCUGUGAUGCAGGCUGGGUCGGCGUCAACUGCGAAGUGGAUAAAAAUGAGUGCCUUUCUAACCCGUGCCAGAAUGGAGGGACGUGUAACAACCUGGUGAACGGCUACAGAUGUUCAUGCAAGAAGGGCUUCAAAGGCUACAACUGCCAAGUGAAUAUUGACGAAUGUGCCUCAAACCCAUGCCUGAACCAAGGCACCUGCUUUGAUGACAUUAGUGGCUACACUUGCCACUGUGUGCUGCCUUACACAGGCAAGAACUGUCAAACAGUGUUGGCCCCCUGUUCCCCAAACCCUUGUGAGAAUUCUGCCGUGUGUAAAGAGGCUUCCAAUUUCGAGAGCUUCACCUGCUUGUGUGCUCCUGGCUGGCAAGGUCAGCGCUGUACAGUCGACAUUGAUGAGUGUGUCUCCAAGCCGUGUAUGAACCACGGCCUCUGCCAUAACACUCAGGGCAGCUACAUGUGUGAGUGUCCUCCUGGCUUCAGUGGGAUGGACUGUGAGGAGGACAUCGACGACUGCCUUGCCAACCCUUGCCAGAAUGGCGGCUCCUGUGUGGAUGGAGUGAAUACUUUCUCUUGCCUGUGCCGUCCUGGUUUCGUUGGGGAUAAGUGCCAGACGGACAUGAACGAGUGUCUGAGUGAGCCCUGUAAGAAUGGGGGCACCUGCUCCGACUACGUCAACAGUUACACCUGCAAGUGCCCCGCGGGAUUCCACGGACUGCACUGUGAAAACAACAUUGACGAGUGCACCGAGAGCUCCUGUUUCAAUGGUGGCACGUGUGUUGAUGGAAUCAACUCUUUCUCUUGCUUGUGCCCCGUGGGAUUCACUGGUCCCUUCUGCCUGCAUGACAUCAAUGAGUGCAACUCCAGUCCGUGCCUGAAUGGGGGAACGUGUAUAGACGGCCUGGGGACCUACCGCUGUGCCUGUCCCUUGGGCUACACCGGCAAAACCUGUCAGACCCUGGUGAACCUGUGCAGCCGGUCUCCAUGUAAAAACAAAGGAACUUGUGUUCAGGAAAAGGCAAGGCCCCACUGCCUGUGUCCACCUGGAUGGGACGGUGCAUACUGUGAUGUGCUCAACGUGUCCUGUAAGGCAGCCGCCUUGCAGAAAGGAGUUCCUGUUGAACACCUGUGCCAGCACUCAGGCGUCUGUAUCAAUGCUGGCAACACCCACCACUGCCAAUGCCCCCUGGGCUACACGGGGAGCUACUGUGAGGAACAGCUUGACGAGUGCGCAUCUAAUCCAUGCCAGCAUGGCGCCACCUGCAAUGACUUCAUCGGAGGAUACAGAUGUGAGUGUGUUCCCGGAUAUCAGGGUGUCAACUGUGAGUAUGAAGUGGAUGAGUGCCAGAACCAGCCAUGCCAGAACGGAGGCACCUGCAUCGACCUGGUGAACCACUUCAAGUGUUCGUGCCCGCCAGGCACUCGGGGCCUGCUCUGUGAAGAGAACAUUGAUGACUGCGCCGGGGGCCCCCACUGCCUUAAUGGCGGCCAGUGUGUGGACCAGAUUGGAGGCUACAGCUGUCGCUGCUUGCCUGGGUUUGCUGGGGAGCGGUGUGAGGGCGACAUUAAUGAGUGCCUGUCCAGUCCAUGUAGCUCCGAGGGCAGCCUGGACUGCCUUCAGCUCACCAACGACUACAUGUGUAUCUGCCGCAGCACCUUCACUGGCCGUCACUGUGAAUCCUUCCUGGAUGUGUGUCCCAAGAAACCUUGCCUGAAUGGAGGGACUUGCUCUGUGGCUACCAACGUGCCCGAUGGCUUCAUUUGUCGCUGUCCCCCAGGCUUCUCUGGGGCGAGAUGCCAGAGCAGCUGUGGACAAGUGAAGUGUCGGAGAGGGGAGCAGUGUGUACACACUGCCUCGGGACCCCGCUGCUUCUGCCCUAACCCCAAGGACUGCGAGUCAGGCUGCACCAGUAACCCCUGCCAGCACGGCGGGACCUGUCAUCCUCAGCGUCAGCCGCCUUAUUAUUCCUGCCGCUGCUCCCCACCGUACUGGGGCAGCCACUGUGAGCUCCACACAGCCCCCACCAGCACCCCUCCUGCUACCUGUCUGAGUCAAUACUGCGCCGACAAGGCUCGGGACGGCAUCUGUGAUGAGGCCUGCAACAGUCAUGCCUGUCAGUGGGAUGGAGGUGACUGUUCCCUCACUAUGGAGGACCCCUGGGCCAACUGCACCUCCUCGCUUCGCUGCUGGGAGUACAUCAACAACCAGUGCGAUGAGCUGUGCAACACCGCAGAGUGCCUGUUUGACAACUUUGAGUGCCAACGGAAUAGCAAAACCUGCAAGUAUGAUAAAUACUGCGCAGACCACUUCAAAGACAACCAGUGUGACCGGGGAUGCAACAACGAGGAGUGUGGCUGGGAUGGGCUGGACUGCGCUGCGGACCAGCCUGAGCAGCUGGCAGAGGGCACCCUGGUCAUCGUGGUGCUCCUGCCACCUGAGCAGCUGCUGCAGGAUGCACGCAGCUUCCUGAGGGCCCUGGGCACCCUGCUGCACACCAACUUACGCAUUAAGCGCGACUCUCAGGGCGCCCUCAUGGUUUACCCCUACUAUGGGGAGAAGCCGGCCGCCAUGAGGAAGCAGAGAAAGGCACGCAGGUCUCUUCCUGAGGAGCAAGAGAUGGUAGGCUCUAAGGUGUUUCUGGAAAUUGACAACCGACAGUGUGUUCAAGACUCAGACCAGUGCUUCAAGAACACAGAUGCAGCGGCCGCUCUCCUUGCUUCUCAUGCCAUUCAAGGGACACUGUCCUACCCUCUGGUGUCUGUCGUCAGUGAAUCUGAGCCUCCAAGAGGCGCUCAGCUUCUCUAUCUACUUGCUGUCAUUGUUGUCAUUGUCCUAUUCUUCAUCCUGCUGGGGGUGAUCAUGGCAAAGCGCAAGCGCAAGCAUGGCUUCCUCUGGCUGCCUGAAGGAUUUACCCUUCGCCGAGACUCCAGCAAUCACAAGCGCCGUGAACCUGUGGGACAGGACGCCGUCGGGCUGAAAAAUCUCUCAGUGCAAGUGUCAGAGGCUAACUUGAUUGGUUCUGGGACCAGUGACCAUUGGGUUGAUGAUGAAGGACCCCAGCCAAAGAAGGCCAAGGCUGAGGAUGAGGCUUUGCUGUCAGAAGAUGACCCCAUCGACCGACGCCCCUGGACACAGCAGCACCUGGAAGCCGCAGACAUCCGCAGGACUCCAUCCCUGGCGCUCACCCCUCCUCAGGCAGAGCAGGAGGUAGACGUGCUGGACGUGAAUGUCCGAGGCCCAGAUGGGUGUACUCCACUGAUGCUGGCCUCUCUCCGAGGAGGCAGCUCAGAUCUGAGUGAUGAAGAUGAGGAUGCAGAAGACUCUUCUGCCAACAUCAUCACAGACUUGGUCUACCAAGGUGCCAGCCUUCAGGCGCAGACAGACCGGACCGGUGAGAUGGCCCUGCACCUUGCAGCCCGCUAUUCAAGAGCUGAUGCUGCCAAACGCCUCCUGGAUGCAGGAGCAGAUGCCAAUGCCCAGGACAACAUGGGCCGCUGCCCUCUCCACGCCGCGGUUGCAGCAGAUGCUCAAGGUGUCUUCCAGAUUCUGAUCCGCAACCGAGUAACUGAUCUAGAUGCCAGAAUGAACGACGGCACGACACCCCUGAUUCUGGCAGCCCGCCUGGCUGUGGAGGGGAUGGUGGCUGAGCUGAUCAACUGCCAAGCAGACGUGAACGCCGUGGAUGACCACGGGAAAUCUGCCCUCCACUGGGCGGCUGCCGUCAACAAUGUGGAGGCGACCCUUCUGCUGCUGAAGAACGGAGCCAAUCGCGACAUGCAGGACAAUAAGGAAGAGACACCUUUGUUUCUUGCUGCCCGGGAGGGAAGUUAUGAAGCAGCCAAGAUCCUGUUAGACCAUUUUGCCAAUCGGGACAUCACUGACCACAUGGACCGCCUCCCCCGGGAUGUGGCUCGGGAUCGCAUGCACCAUGACAUCGUGCGCCUUCUGGACGAGUACAACGUGACCCCAAGCCCUCCAGGGACCGUCCUGACUUCUGCUCUCUCACCUGUUCUCUGUGGGCCCAACAGGUCUUUCCUCAGUCUGAAGCACACCCCAAUGGGUAAGAAGGCUAGACGGCCCAACACCAAGAGCGCCAUGCCCACAAGCCUGCCUAACCUUGCCAGGGAGGCCAAAGAAGUCAAGGGGAAUAGGAGGAAGAAAUCCCUGAGCGAGAAGGUCCAGCUGUCCGAGAGCUCAGUGACUUUAUCCCCUGUUGACUCUCUCGAGUCUCCCCACACAUAUGUUUCUGAUGCUACACCCUCCCCCAUGAUCACAUCCCCUGGAAUCUUGCAGGCCUCACCCACCCCUCUGCUGGCCGCUGCUGCCCCGGCUGCCCCGGUGCAUGCGCAGCAUGCGCUGUCUUUCUCUAACCUUCAUGAGAUGCAGCCCUUGGCUCCCGGAGCCAGCACUGUUCUUCCCUCAGUCAGCCAGUUGUUAUCCCACCACCACAUUGUGCCCCCAGGUAGCGGCAGUGCAGGAAGCUUGGGCAGGUUACAUCCAGUUACUGUCCCAGCCGACUGGAUGAGCCGUGUGGAGAUGAACGAGACCCAGUACAAUGAAAUGUUUGGCAUGGUCCUGCCUCCUGCUGAGGGAGCACACCCUGGCAUAGCUCCCCAGAGCAGACCUCCAGAGGGGAAGCAUGUCUCCACCCAGCGGGAAACCCUGCCCCCCAUUGUGACUUUCCAGCUUAUCCCACAAGGCAGUGUUGCCCAGGCAGCUGGAGCACCUCAGACACAGUCCAGCUGCCCUCCAGCUGUUGCAGGCCCUUUGCCUUCUAUGUACCAGAUCCCAGAGAUGGCCCGUUUGCCCAGUGUGGCUUUCCCACCUACCAUGAUGCCCCAGGCGGAGGGGCAGGUAGCUCAGACCAUUGUCCCAACCUAUCAUCCUUUCCCAGCCUCCGUGGGCAAGUACCCCACACCCCCUUCCCAGCACAGUUACGCCUCCUCAAAUGCUGCAGAGCGAACCCCCAGUCAUGGUGGCCACCUCCAGGGUGAGCAUCCAUACCUGACACCGUCCCCAGAAUCUCCUGACCAGUGGUCCAGCUCUUCGCCGCACUCUGCUUCUGACUGGUCAGAUGUGACCACCAGCCCGACGCCUGGAGGUGGUGGAGGAGGCCAGCGGGGACCUGGGACACACAUGUCUGAGCCACCGCACAGCAACAUGCAGGUUUACGCAUGAAGAGUCUGCCUCAAGCGUAGAGAUGGAAGUGCCUAUCAUGCGUGCUGCUGAGGGACCAAUGAAGGUUAUCCGAAGAGAAAUGAAGAAACCUCUGUAACCAGCUUUUUUGGAGGCAGGAGAGAAGACGCUCAACUUUCAGACAUGCAUGAGAAGCGCUAUCUUCAUCUUCACUGAGGAUCUGCGCAGUUUUAGGGGAGGACAUAGCUCCUACUGGCUUUGCCCAUUUGCAAGUCACGGAGAUGCCAGAUGAAUCCAAGCCUCGAGACUCUCUCUUCUGUUUGAAGGCCACAAUGGAUGCCUGCUGUCGCCUAGAUAUUCCUGCAGCUUGAACAG